CGAUGAUAAAUCUUAGAGUAAAUCCUCUCCCUCAUCCUGCGCUCGUUGACUACAACUCGCACAUCGUAUAAUCCAGCCUUCAAAAACCUCGUUGCGUAAGGUUUUCAUUACCACUGACACCGGGAUGUCACAUUCCACCAAUCGCAUUUUGGGGCCCUGCGCGCUGGCUCUCUCCUCUUUAACACCAUUCCAGAUCACAUUCCUCCAAUCUCUUCCAAAAGCAGAACUCCACGCCCAUCUCAAUGGAUGCAUUCCCAUAUCCACCCUUCAAGACAUGGCGCGGGAGGCCAACGCAGGAAGGGAACGAGAAUCGAUUCCAGAGGGCAUCAAAGUUCUCGCAGACGGCGUGGUGCUGGAUCAGCUGGGUGACUUUUUCGGUCUUUUCCCGGCCAUAUACGCCCUGACGUCGAGUCCGUCGAGCCUGCGUCGCGCGGCGAGGGCCGUCUUGGUCGACUUCCUCGGUGACGAUGUGUCGGGCGCCGCCCCCGGGGCCCAGUGCGCAUACCUCGAGCUUCGGAGCACACCGCGUGAGACGGCAGAGAUGUCGCGCAUGCAAUACGUGUGUGCGGUAUUAGACGAGGUGGAGCGUUAUCCGGCUGAUCGGGCUGCGCUCAUAGUCAGUCUCGAUCGCCGCAUGAGUGCCGAGGUGCUUGAGGAGUGCAUCGAUGUGGCGUGCGCGCUGAGGAAAGCUGGUCGCAGGGUUGUCGGUGUCGAUCUAUGUGGGGAUCCGCAGGCCGGUGACAUGGAUAUCCUCGGCGAGUAUUUCGCGCGCGCUAAAGCUGCCGGGCUCGGAAUCACUCUCCACAUCGCAGAGACGGAAGCGAACAGUGACGCUGAAACUAUGCGGCUGCUCUCAUAUCUGCCGAAUCGACUCGGUCACGCGACAUUCCUCAAUGCCGAAGCCCGCGAAUUCGUGCGAAAGAACGACAUGUGCAUCGAGAUCUGCCUCUCUUCGAAUCUGCUAUGCAAAACAGUCUCGACUCUCGAGGCUCAUCACAUCCGAUACUACUUGCAGCACAAGCACCCGAUUGCCAUCUGCACCGAUGACACGCUCCCGUUCUGCAACUCCUUGAUGGGUGAAUAUGCCCUGCUUCUUGCGGCCCCGCCCCUGGGGUUGGGUUUGAGCGAAGCAGAGGUGACGGAACUGGCGCGUAUGAGUGGAAGUGCCAGAUUCCCGCUCUAGUUUGUCAUUGAAAUGUGGCUGGAUGAUAGACCAUCCAUUUAUGAAGAGUGCUUCCAUGCGCCCCAUGUCGAGACCCAUAUGUGUUUUCCCAUGUGGUCCGUUGCUUGUUCGGCGUGAGUUCCGCCCGGUUAGUGAUCAUUGUCAAGCAAUUGAUAUGGGACACUGAAACCAGGGGGUACCUGAUUUGCUGGCACACAUGUCGUUAUUGACAAACACCCAUGACAGUUUAGAUCAUCUUCGGGAUAGCUCCACAGUCCAGACACGGGCGCGCCAAAACCUCGCAUCUCAGCCUAGCAGGGGCCUAGUACCGUGGAGGUCAACCUUCCCCGAUGAAAGAUAAGCCUAGGAGCGCGCAGAAUGUGUCUACAGGGCAAAUCGCGUGGACAUGCACACCUUGUUUUGAUGAACCUGUGAAGCGCUGAUACAUCAUUGUUGAUCCCGACACCGACAUGUUCGGAUUGGCCAAGCGGCAUGGCCCCCUCACAGAAAUCGGCUUGAUCCGACUUGGGCAUAUGCUCAGCGGUAAAUUGAUUGCAAUCAGGCAGGCAUGUACAUACGUGAUUUGUUGGCAUGCCAUGCCAAAAUGCCUGUUGGCUUAUGGCCAAACAAAUGCACUCUCUGUGAGAGCAAUUACAGAACUCCGUUGUCAACACAAGCUUGCUGUUAGAUAUGCAAGCAGUGGUCAAGGAUUUGUAAAAUAGAUCGAACCAUCUCUCAGGAUCCUUAACACACAGAAAAUGGCUUUUUUCAGACAUAUAGACGAGCGGAACUGAGUCCUUGUUCAACGUAACAUACAACCACAUUGUAAUUUCGCGCAAUUAACAAGCUAGGUAUAGCUUGGGGAUCUACUGGCGCCCCUGAAGGUUGCACAGUUCAUGGUUCCAGUGGAAAUACGAGAACUGCUCCAAAGCAUAAGAAGAGAUACCGGGACUAGAACUGCAGACCUGCCUUGGAAGGAAUGUCUCUUACACUCCCAAGUGCCCUUCCAUUUGACCUCGCUCUUGACCGUCUGUAUCUUCUCCCCGCCCUUGCUCUGGAAAUCGUUCCGCACGCCCAGCUGCUCGCCCCACACCUCAUGCACCUGCACCCCCUUCACCGCUACGCCGUACCCGAACUCGACCGGCACCUCGAACGCGUCGGUCGGGUGGCGGUUCACGAUCGCCACGCGGACCUCCUUGCCGUCGGGCGACAGCACGGCCGACGCGUCGAUCCAGUUCAGCGGGUGACCGGAGGCGUGCGCGGGCGGGGACGGGACGUGUUUCGCGAGGCUCGCGAUCCAGGGCGGGACGGUCGGUCCCGAGUAGACGUCCGACGCGGCGGAGGUGGUGACGUUGAUAUUCAGCGCCGUGCCCUGCAUGAGUGUCGCGAAAAGUUGGAGAGGGUAGUAGGUUGUCUAGGCGGAGAUGAGAGCUGGACCAGCAGAUAUCAGGAACUCGAACCUGCUUGAAUAGGCCUUCAGGAGACGUGACGAUCUGAUAUUAUCAGAACAAGAAAAAGAGGCACAGAUCAACAAACCGGUGAGAUAACGUUCACGCUCUGGGCAAUGCAUGCGAUCUUUACGACGUCUGCUUUCCGGACGAAAACGUUCAACCAUGAAGCGACCGCUGUUGUGGCGUCAGAGAGUGGGUCAUCAGCGCCGGACGACUCACCCAGAGCGUCUGAUAAAUCGUAAUGCUCCUCUGCACCCUUUUCACCAGGGGCUGCGAUAAUUUCAGUGCGCAGCAGCAGGCUUCUAGUACACUCAUCCUACCACGGACGGGAUCCCUAGACUCGCGAUGAGUGUUGUUUUUCGUAAAAGAAAAAACAGAAAGAGCACACACCAAACGUUCCACUCAUCAAAGCAGACCGACAAGUCCUUUUCCAACUUGCCCUCGAUCUUGGCAAGUUCGAUGAGAGACUUGCUGAUCUCGAUGCCCUUUUCGGCCGCAGCCGCUGCAGAUACCGUCAUAUGGCGUUACUUCAGCAGAGGGAUGAGACCCACGACCAAAUACAUUCACAUCGUGGUUGCCUUCGCUGACGGUAUACACUGCGAUCGGGUGAGAAAGACUCGCGAAAGGUGAAACUGCGCACAGUGAAUCGAGUGGAAAUCUACAACAGGUGCGAGGACUUUCAGCGUCACCCGAUCCCAAUCCGCGAAUCCAGUCUCUGCCAAAGAAAACAACUCAAUGAAAUGCCACAGGCAUGGAGAACAACGCACCUCCGCACGAGAUAAGCUUGAUACUCGGAUCCAACAACCGCAUCGCCUUGGCCCACUGAUAGGCCUUCUUCGCGUAAUCCUCUGCCGUCAUCUGGCCGACCUGCCACGGCCCCCAGACCUCGUUCCCCAGACUCCAGUACUUGACGCCGUACGGCUCCGCGUGGCCGUUCUUGCGGCGCAGAUUCGCAUAGUGGGUGUUCGCGGACGAGUUGCAGUACUCGAGCCACGCCAGCGCGUCCUCGAGCGUGCCGGUGCCCAUGUUGAGGCACAUGUACGGCUCGGCGGACAGCGCGCGGCAGUAUUCCAUGAAUUCGUCUGCGGGAUGUCAGGCGGGGCCCGCAGACUUGAUUGACUCGGCCACACGCACCAGUGCCGAAUUGGUUGCUCUCCUCUGUCAGCCACGCAAGCUCAGGUCGGCGGGGGCGCAGCUCCUUCGGUCCGAUCCCAUCUAUCCAUCUAUGAUCAGGAGCGGCCUCGCGCAAACCUGCCAAGCGACGCACCUUGCCAGCGGUACGAGCUGACGAAGUUUCCCCCCGGUAUCGUACAACGGGCACGUUGAGCGCCUUGAGCGCCGCGAGCGUGUCCUUCCUGAACCCCUUCUCAUCGAUCAGGUCCUUGUUCGGGUUCUCCGGGUCGUAGAUCCCGCCGUAGAUGCAGCGCCCCAUGUGCUCCGUGAAUCCGGAGUAGAUGCGCGGGUCGAUGGGGGCGACGGUGUGCGUCGUGUCGAUGCGGAUGCUGGGGGCCAUGGCUCGUGAAGGCGAUGUCGUGUCGUCGUGGGCGGGGUCUGCGCUCGGCGGCGAGGGCUCAGAUAUAUCUCCAGAGUUCUUGAUGAGAGUGGGGGUCCGGUACCGGACCGCACUGUGGAGCAUCUGACCGAUCGGAACGAGAUGUUUUGCCUCGAGGCUUUGGGUGCCGAUUGGUCCAGACAACUCAGCGAGCUACGGGUGCGACUCAUCUG